AAGUAAUAAUAAUAACAAAAUACUUUUAGUUCACUGCAAUCAGGAAUGCAUGUUAUGCUAUGCUAUGCUUUCAGAAAGCCAUUGUGGCUGCUUCCCCCUCUUCCACCAGCACCAGCACCCCGAGCCACUUCUGAGCCACAUUAAAUGACUCCAUAAGUUAGUUUAAUAGAGAGGAGUGCAGGCCCACAGUGAAAUAUCCACCUUGUCAGUGUGCCACAGCUGGCCCUCAAUUUAGGACUGAAUAGCUAGCAUUUCGUGUUGUUUGCCCAUAUGUUCUCUGGCUCAGAGGAGUGUGUGUGCGUGCUUGUGAUUGUACGGGUGUGUUUGCAGUUCCACAGGCUCUUUUGCCUCAUGAUUGCUUCGGCAGCACUCUACUGCUUUCUCUCCUCUAUUUGCAAUCGGCAUGGAAGGUCACGCAUGCAGCACGCUCAUACAAACACACACACACACAGAUACAUUCACGCCAGCUGUUUUCUCCUCUCUAAGACAAACUGCGAGAGAAAAAGCAGCAGACGGGGGAAGAUUUCCUCAAACUUUCAAAUGUGUUUUUAACCCAAAGACCUCUCAGACUUGCUCAGUGUUUUAGGGUCAGAUGAAGACAGCAGGGCUUUGUGCAUUCACACUCAGUUCCUCCAUUCCCUGAGCAAUUAGCUCAGGAUUAGAUUGAGGUCAAUACCUUCACCUUCAUUGCAGUCCCUUUUUGUGGAACAUUUUAAUCAAUCCAGCCCCUCUACACACAAAUCAUCUUUCUUUUUCACCUCCCUCCCUCUGUUUUUAUGCCUCAAUUGAGAUUCAAAUUAAACCUCAUCUAAUCUGGCAGUUAAGCAGAACAUUAUUUUCUGCUCUCAGGUGAGGUCGUUACAUUGUCUUUUUAUGCUGAAAGACAUGAAACAAAGGGGCCGUGUGUACUGUACCACUGAACAUCAUUAUUAGCCCCCAAACUCUCUUUUGAAUAGGUGAUUUAAGCCAGAAUAGAAAGGAGGAUGAUGAUGAUGAGGAGGAGGACAGUGCUAGAUGUGACAGUGCUGAAGGUGAUGAUGAUGAUGAUGAUGAUGAUAUGGGUCAAAACCCUCAUGGCCAUCAGCAACAAACUGAUUUCCUCCCACCGUUACUUUUGAAGGAGGCAGAGUGGCUGUCUGCAAUACUUUACAGUCCAUAGGUUUUACACACCAUUACUGACUCUCACUGGUGGGUAUUGAACUCAUUUGCAUGUUAUGAUACUGCAUUAGCGUGAUGACCUCAGGCUUUAUAGCACAUUGCAGAGCAUGUGGCUGAUGAGGAUUUAUCCAGAGGUCAUCUGUGUGAUGUGCACGCCAAGAUAACAUCAACUUCUGCAGAGCUUCCUGACAUUAAGUCACCGAUAAUCAUUAGUCGCGUGCUGGAAGUCAGAGCAGAUACACAAGUUCAUUAAACUACUCUUGUUUUUAAUUUCAUAAAUUAAAAGGUUCUCCCUGGAUAAUGAGGAGAGAUGUUCAAUGUCACUCAAAGUGUUCAACAGAAAACAUCAAAUUUACAGAAUAUUAAUUCAUCGAGACAGCUGAGUAUGUGAUAUUAAUCUGCUUUGUUUAAAAUACAUUAGUUCCAGAAACAAUUGACCUUGUUAUAAACCCAUCAAUAAUGAAAUAACUGAAAUAAUCACAUAAGGCAUGACUCUUUACUUUGGCCUAGUCUAAACUAACAAUAAAUACUAACAGAAAUCAUGGAGAUUCUUAUCCCAGUGUCUUUGUUUUCAGUAUCUCUGCUUUUACAAAACAACAUGGUUGCUACACACUUACCUCAAUAAAUGUCAAGGACCCUGUGGUUCAGUUAUAGCACAGUAUGGCACUGCGAGGUAGCGGCUUCCUGUUAUGAUAUGAUGGCAUUAGAGAAUCUCCAGACUGCUUUCCUUUAGUAACAGGUUGAAGUAGGUUAUGAUAACUGUGUCCUGCUGCUCUCUGCUGCCUGUAAUGCUGUGGCUUUGUUUUGACAUUGUAAAGUGAAGUAAAAUAAAGCAGCAGUGUAGGCAUUCCUAUAACGUUGUCCUCUGUUCUCGAAGCCAGCUAACUGUGUGCUGCCAGUACCUUUCUAUCUUUAUCAUAUCAUACAGCUUUAUUGCAACUGAUUUUUUUCCAGUAGUGGUUUAGCAUGUUUUUGGCAGCAGUGAUCAGAAUAUUGUAAGGUCUGAGAGUGGCCUCCUCUAUGCUCUGUACUCAGGCCUUGGAAAACCUGGCAUGUGAUGGGAGACUUUGUCCAAUUGCCAGAUGAGGUGAUUGUUGUAAAGAGUGAUGCGUGAGGUUUGAAUACCACGUUUUUAUAUGCAUUCAAAACGCGCUCAUGUUCAAACAUCUUCUAGAUUUCUGCCUACUGAGACUUUCAAUUCUAAAAUCUAUUUGAAAUAUUUGAAAAUACAAAUACAUUUUCUUUUUUGAAUAAAUGUCAAAAAAAAUAUUUUGAAUCAGCUGUAAAUUUCUGUUACCAGUGUGGGGAAUGAAGCUGUAUCUACAGCUUUGUUGUUAUGUUGGCAGGAAAACAUACCAAACAAAAUACAAAUAAACAGAUACAAGUUGCCUUUGUGUCAUCAAGAUGAUGCUUUUUGAAUGCAAACUUUUAUACAUGUCAUAUAAAGACAUUUUCAUGAUUAAUGGGACUAGCAAUGAUUGCUGCUUCAGCAGGGUCAUUGUGAAAGCCAAGCCACUGUCACUGGAUACUUGGAUAGUUAAAUAAACUAAGCCUGUGCUGCUGUGACAGUGUUUGCACUUGAUCUCUAAUCACACUUAUGAAAGUAUUAAACAUGACAUUAUUAGAAAAUUUUCAAUGGCUUAAAUUCUAUUUAUUAUCUUUCUGGCUGUGUAAAAUUACUGUACUCACUAAUGAUACAUUGGCAUUCAUAAACACAUUAUUUUGGCUUCGAUGUAUUCUAAUGUAGCCAUACAAUGAAUAAGGCUGAAAAACCGCCGCCUGGCAUCAAACCACCAGAGAGGCAAUAAGGUAAGUAUCACUGCCAAGAAAGCUGGUGAGUCUAUUAAAGGGAGACAAACUACAAGCGUAGUACUAGCGCUCAAAUUUGCUAAAUGUAAUGUUCUGUGAGGCAAACCAACAGAGAUGUGUAGUUUAUCUUUCCUUACCAAACUAUUCAACUCUGGAGCCAUUAAAGCAUUUUAGGAUAGGAUAUGUUUCUGAAGGUGGUUGGCGUGCAUAUGUGAUGUUUCACAGUGUAGUGAGUUUACAGUAUGUGGCAAGGGGUGAGUGACAUUUUUACACAAAUUUUGUCAGUCCUUCAGAAAUCCAAAGGUGUGCUCCCCUGCUUCACCCCGAGAGAGAAACCUGAUGGUUGGAGGGUGAGAAAACAGAGUAGGAGAUGUGAAGGAGGGGGAGGGAGAGUUGAGGGGAUCAAGGAGCAGUAAGGAUGAAUGUGCAGAAAGUGGCUCGGAAGAAAAGCAACAACAAGACAAAGAUGGAGGAAAAUAACAUAAAGAUGAAAUAAAGCGUUAAAAGGCUGUGAGGAUAUUUAGCGUGCACGGCUCAGGUGAUGAAAAUCUUUUGGCCUCUCCAUCACAGUAAACCUUUAUUCUGACACAAUAAAAUAACAAUUACCUCUUUCACACCUUUCUUUCAAACACUGUCCUCCACAGACGUAUGCACGGCUGUCAUGUUUGAUGCUGUCGGGAAACUGAUUUUACAGCAACAUGUGCCACAGUCUGUAUUUCCUGUAAUGUAAAUCUAAUGCACGUGUGUGCAAAACUAUUUCUGUGUACUCUGUAUAACGCCUGUAGAGCUUUCUAAAAGGCCCGAUGUUAACUGAUGCAUCUUGGAUUAGAUACAUCAGAUAACAUCAGAUUAGAAAUGUAAAGAAAUUAAGUCGACUCUAAUUAUUAUUUUUACAUUUCUAGUGGGUCAAAUAAAAAUGUGAAAUGUAGAGGAAACCAAAAAUACAUCAAUAAGAGAGGGAAGAUUAGACUUAAUGCACCAGGAGACAAGAGUAUCUGAACCCUCUGCCUGAAUAUUAAAAUAGAAAGAAAUGCUCAAAAACAUCUUACUUUACUGUUAUUUGAGACAGACUGAAUCAAAUACAUUAUUACACAAAACCCAUAUUUAUUUUUCCCGUUACAUUGCUUGUUAUCCCUGAAAUGUGGCAAAGAAUGACAAGGUAAGGUUACAAUGUUUCUUUUUGUGUCAUCAAUACGAGAGCUGGAAGAGACGCAACCAAUCUGAAGGUGAAACCUGGGAAAAGAGGAAUGAAGGCAAAUAGGAACGGGGAAAAGCAAAAGCAAAAGAAAAGAUGUGGAAAAAACACAAGCACCCAGAGAAAUGGCUCCACGGACAAAAUAUACUUUUAAAUGACCAUGUGGUAAUAUACACGGUAAAAUGAAGUAGGAUGGAACAGGAUAAUUACUGAAAAAACAAAACAAGACAAAAAACAGUCAAUUUCAUAAUUUCACAACAUUUUAAGUGGAGAUAUCGUCUGAAUUACAGGAGCGGGACCACUCCUCCUUCACGCCCCUUCCAACCUCAGACUAUGUAUGCCUCUUUCUCCAAUACCUGCUGUUGUCAUUUUCAUGCCCCCCCUUUUUUCCCCUCUCUUCUCCUCUUCUCUCCUCCUACCUUCCUUCAUUCACCUCUCGUUAGUACAUGGGGUUCUGCCCGGCCCGGGAGCCUUCGCCAGUCCCCUUCGAGGCCUUCCCCAAACCGCAGCACCAGUUCAUACUCCCUCAUGCCUCUGCUCAUCGUUCAGAGGAUGUGGUCCCAGCUACUGAAAGUGAAUUUUAAAUGUAAGAUGUCAUCAUGAAACUUUCCCAGUUAACUCCUCACACUAAGACAGUUAUUUCCUGUGUAUUAGGAGGUUAUCAUUAAUAUCCAAGAACAUAAUAAUAAUUCCUGGGUUUAAAUCCUUGUUUGGUUUUGGUGACAUUGUGAUUUCACAGAGGAACCUCUUUUUUUACACUCAAUACUCUGAACUGCCACAAAUAGUCCAUCCAUAUAAUGCUCUAUGAAUCAGGUGUUGACAGAAGUCCCACUAUAACGACAUUCAUAAACUUUUGUUUCGUAAAACUGAAAAUUUUCCUGCAUGUAAGUGUUGAGAAAAUGGGCCUUAGAGACAUUCAGUUGUGGUCGUUUCAUGGUCUCAUGGUCAUUUUGGACUCUUAACGCUUCUUUUAUAGAAAAAAAGAACCUGCCCACACGGAGGAACAAAAUGUUUUAUGAUUGAGAUAUUUGGUCACAAUGACAACCUGUAUGUUUGGAGGAGUGAAGGUGAGACUUUUAACCUGAGAACACUGUCGAGCAUGGUGGUGGUAGCAUCACACUCUGGGGUUGUUUUGCUGCCAGCUGGAAUAGUGAUGAUGGAGGACCCUACCUCCCAGUUCUUGAACUUCACAUGGAAUCAAAAGCUCGAUGGUUAAAACAACACAACAGGACAAUAAUUCCAAAAACAUGUAAAAGCUGAGUUUGGCUAACGUUAAGUUUCUUGGACAGCCUUCCCAAAGCACCGAUCGCAAACCACUCAACAUUUCUAACUAUGCUUAAAAGCCAGUUCUGCCAAGAAGAGUGGUCAAAUAUCCAACCAGAAGUAUUCCACAAGCUUGUUGGUGUUACCAGCAUCAUCUAUUCAAAGUACAGUUUGCUUGUGUCUGUUUGGGCCUGUUUGGAUAUUUACUUUGUGUGUGGAAGAGAGAAAAUCCAAAAUAAAUUCAGUGUUUGAAAACACAAAAAUGACCAAAAAUGCAAAAAAAGCUUCUUUACAGAUCACAUACUGUACACAUACAUGUGCUUGUACAAUAUUAUUUAUACACGGACACACAAAAGCACACUUAGUCACCAUUACAAAGCCCCCCCCCCACACACACACACUCCUAUCUGCUGCUGUAAACAACUCCUCAACCUUUUUCCAGUCUCAAAUCCUCUGUGUGAUUUACCUGCCCACAUGAACGGCUUGCAUGGAAGCAUCAUGAGGUCAGACACGCACAAUUGCACACUUACUGUCUUUCUUUUCUCUCGCUCUCCACUGAUGUCAGCGACGUGCAGCAGAGAAAGAACGAGCGGCUGAGUGAAACGGACAGAGUGGACUUCUCCCUCCCACACACCUAGCUUUCUAUAACAGUCUCCUCUGCUGUAUCACUGCAAGCCUUUGUGGACCUCUUGUUCCCAGUGUGAAUCAUUAACUGGCUCUACAAGCCCAGACAGGCGAGUGAGAGGAGAAGAGAGCAUUUCUCAAACACUCGGCUUAAAAGCAGAGAACUUCUUUUGUUUUUUUUGCUGCACUUUUCGCUCUCACUUUCCAACAAGUCAUGCAAACACAAUGAAAUGCGCAGGGUGUUUUGGUGAAGUGGGGUAGUCAUCGUGCUCGAUCAUGAGACACAUUUACAUUUACGUGGCCUUUUGUCGUGCUGCUUCCUUUGCUUUGUCUCUUAUGAACGUUGAGCCGAAAGAGAAAUCUAAUGCUGGGCAAUUGAGAAGAUGGAAAUCAAUAAGAGAUACCACAGUUGCCUGCAUGAUGCCACCACGGGUUUAGACCCUCCCUAAUCCUGUUGUGGUGACACAGAGGAUCUUCCUCAGUUCCCCAAACACCCCAGCACUGCAAAUGUGGCUCCUCAUGCAGCUCAUUCUCUGCAGCUAUCAGCCAGUGAUCAGUCCUCUUAUUCAGGCUUGCCUUUGCUAGACUGGCUUCAGAACAGGAUUACCCACUGAUUUGAUGUUGAAGUCUGGUACACAGACUCAGUCUGCUGCGGACCUCUUACCUCAUGACGCUCUGUUGGUUGGGGACCAAAAAAAGGAAAACAGCACUGCACCUUUUCUUUCUUCUGUUUUCCUACGGUAGCAGGGAAACUUUUUCAGAUCUGUUAAUCAGAAAAACUGAUGUUUAUUGAGACUGAAAAGUUUUUCAGAGGGCACUGUCUGCAGACUCUCUCUGUAUUUGCUAUCUGGUCUGAGCUGUCCACUCUCCAAUCGAAGCACAGUGCUCUGUGAAUGCUGCCAUGCCCAUCAUCAGCAAUGCCAACCAUGACUUCAGCAAUCUGUCCGUCAGUGAUGACAGCAGUCUCGACCACAUAUUCACUGAGAUCCCAGAGACUGAGACUAUCAAGGGUGUGUACUACCAAAGAGCUCAGUUCAUCCGUCGGCCAGAGGACCUCUUGUCCAUCGACCAUGCUUCCUUGGCAGUGAUCAAUGUCGGUGGAAACCGCUACACCUUCCCCUGGAGCACACUGGAGCAAUUUCCCCUCACACGACUUGGCCGCCUCUGUGGCUGCAGGUCACCUGAGGACAUCGCCAGCAUCUGUGACGACUACGAUGAAGCCCGCAAGGAGUUCUUCUUCGACCGCUCACCAUCCGCCUUUAGGGUUAUCCUCAACUUCUUGGCUGCAGGGAAACUCCGACUGCUACGAGAGAUGUGCAUCCUCUCCCUGCACGAUGAGCUGACCUACUGGGGCGUGGAGAUGGCGUACAUGGAGCGCUGCUGCAAGAGGAAGAUGUACACACGCAUCGAGGAAGUGCACGAGAAAGAGAGGCGUCGGCAGGAGCGCAGGCAGAAAAACGCCAUGCAGCGGGUGACAGUGGAGGAAACACAAUACAGAAAAGUGAUGAACUGGCUAAGAGAUAUGGUAGAAAACCCACAGUCAGGCUUACCUGGGAAGAUCUUUGCCUGCCUGUCGGUGAUCAUGGUUGCCGUGACUGUUGUCAGUUUAUGUAUCAGCACGAUGCCAGACCUCAGAGAGGAAGAGGACAGGGGCGAGUGUUCAUCUAAGUGCUACAACAUGUUCAUCAUAGAGACGGUGUGUGUGGCCUGGUUCUCCCUGGAGUUCAUCUUGCGGUUCAUUCAAGCUCAGAGCAAGCUGGACUUUCUCCGCGGGCCGCUCAACAUCAUCGACGCUAUGGCCAUCCUGCCCUACUACGUUUCCUUGGUGGUGACAGAGAAAGACCCAGAGCUGGAACACGAGAGGCCGGGAGGAGGUAAGGGCUACCUGGACAAGCUAGGCCUGGUUUUGAGGAUCCUGCGAGCGCUGAGAAUUCUCUACGUGAUGAGGCUGGCUCGCCACUCUCUCGGCCUGCAGACGCUGGGGCUGACGGUGCGACGCAGCACCCGGGAGUUUGGCCUUCUGUUGCUUUUUCUCUGCGUCGCUGUCACCCUCUUCUCCCCGCUGGUGCACUUGGCUGAGAGCGAGCUCACAGGUACCCAUGACUUCACCAGCAUUCCCGCCUCCUACUGGUGGGCCAUUAUCUCCAUGACGACAGUGGGAUAUGGCGAUAUGGUGCCCAGAUCCAUUCCGGGACAGGUGGUAGCACUGAGCAGCAUCCUCAGUGGCAUUCUCAUCAUGGCCUUCCCUGCUACUUCCAUCUUCCACAUGUUCUCCCGCUCCUACCAAGAGCUCAAGAUGGAGCAUGACCGAUUGUUCAAAGAGGAGUGCGUGGCUGCCGCUGCAGCUGCUGCUGCCAGUGGGGAGCCACAGGAGGCGGGAGGUGAAGGAGGCGGUGAGAACUCGGCUCCACCUAAAAUGCAUCUAGACAAGGAUAAUGUGCACUCGCUGGAAUCUCUUGCUCUGUUAGGGAAAGGUGGCGAAGCUGCUGGAAAUAAUAAUCACAGCCUUCCGGCAGCAGCUUUCUGAGCUGCAUUUGCACAGACUGACCUCUAAGAUGUGACUGUGCAGUAUAUGAUGAAAGUACUGUUUCCAAAAGACCUCACUAUCUACACAGCUCUGAGGGCAUCUGCAUUGUUUGGAUAAAAAGAGAUUAAGCAAACAUUACGCAUUUCUUUUGCUCUUCAAGGAUUUCAUAAGGAGUAAAAGUGUCCGCACUGAGAGACACACAACCCUUUAAAUCGGAUGAUUUUGUCCGACCAGAAAGCCUCUGCAGCAAUAUUAGUAAACGGCUGCGUCCAUAAACAUGCAAUAUUCAAUCCAAAGUUGCUUUUCCUCCCACUGUGAAAAUACUGACUGCAACUUUUAGUUUCAUUCUCAUUACUUUUUAAUCUGUUGCCUACAGUAUGACCUCAGUGUGUUUCGUACUGUACACUAGCUUGAAGCCAUGCUCUAGCAAAUUGAUUGUCUCAUAUAUGAUACGAUUCAUCUCUCUUGUGUAUAUUUCUAUGCUUGGACUGAAAUGGUUUCUCCAUUCUCAAAUAUAAACUCCAGGUAAAUGAUUAAGAAAUUGCAUAAUUAUUCCAAAUGUUUCUAAAUCAGUGACAAAAGGAACGGACAUGGAGGAAAAAAAGGUGUUUUUAUUUGAAUGAAGACGAGCGUGAGUGAGAGAGAGUGAGCACUAAAACCAUGAAAUGUACUUUGCAACGCUCCAAAUAAAAGCUCUCCUAGUAAUCUGAGAGAAAUCCGUUUUCUGGUCUGUAUUUUUUUUCCUUGGUACGAUGGUCUAAUCUCUGCUCGUCUGGGAUGCUCAAUCAGAGUCCUACUGCUGAACAUUUACUCUGAGAAGAAGAAACAGAAACAGCUGCCGCUGCCAGACAGAGAAGUAUUCUGUGAAUUCUGUGGCAAUCCGCUUCUUACAUCACCUUCUCGUUUUCACCCGCACAAUUACAGCACUGUGGAAGAGCGUCUCUAUAAUGUCUAAUCUAAUGUUUUUAAGACAGCGGUCUCUGGUUAUUGUUGAUCUUCGUGUCUGGAACAAAUCUGUCCUCAUCUACUCUGUUUAAUCCCGCUGUGGCCUUUGGACCUCUCAGAGUUCUUUUACUGAGAAGUUGCCUGCAGCACCGUGGGGUCCAAGAAGGUUGUGGAGGCACGCAGGGACAUGACAGAUGUGGAUGUAAUCUAGAUUAAAGUUGGGAUUAAAACCCCCACAGGGAAACGGGUUACUGCCUGAAACUCAACUUCAUCCAGUUGCUUCAAAUAAGAUUUAUCUUUUUUUUUCUCUAUUAAUUCAGUGGCAAUUUCUUUUGCUUUAUUGUGGUUUUCAUGCCUUAGAAUUAAGAUUUACAUGCACAUGUUGAAAUAUAAUGUAUUUUACAAAGUUUUUUAUCCAUCUGUAUACUCAGUAGGUAAAGACACAUUGAUAUUAUAAACAGUAUAUAAUGGCGUUUUGCAACACUGAUCAUAACUCGUAUGGACCAUUAUUCUAAAAGAAGCUACGGGGGAUAAAGUAUUCUCAUAUGUCUGUGUAGCUCAUCGUCACAAAUCAUUGCUGAUGCUCAAAAGUAAAGUUCAGUCCAAAAAGUCACUUACACGUGAAAGACAAGAAAGAUGAAUGUUUGAUAAAGACCUUUUCAAGGACUUUCGCUUUUGAGUGACACUUUUUAAACGACUAAAACAUUUUAUUCUAAUUUGAAAAUGUUCUAAUAUUUUAAAAAAAGUAAUAUCAUUUAGGAUGUUGGAGGCAGCAGGGUGUUUGCUAAAUAAAGCUAAGCCCUUUAAUUUUUUGUACAGGAAGCAGCCCAUUGUUUUAUGAAGGUUGUGUGGGGUCAACCCUCAAAAAAUAUCUUUGUGUUUUACAUUUUUAUUUGACCUUUCCAGUUAACACAUCACCGUUUUUGCAUUAAUAAGGCAAAUAUAUGUAGAAGAAGACACGCAGACACGGAGGCGAAAAAAGUAUAUUUAGACAGUCUGUGUAGAAUAAAAAACGACUGUUACUUAGCUAGCCGGUGGUCACGUGCAGGUGUUUAAUGCAGCUUCAAAUCAUCAUGGUAAGCUAAGCUAAUUACAUCCUGGCUCUGUCUCCAUACAAACAUAACAGCAGCAAUAAUCCUCUUACCUAACUCACAUGGUUAGAUAAGAAAAUAAGAACGAGCAUCCAGUGCAUUUUCCAAAAAAGACAGUGCUCAGUGCAAUUAUCUGCUCACACUGUAUCAUUCUUAUGUAUCAAUCUUAACAGGUUCUGAUUAGUAUUGAUAACAAUAACAAAAAUGUCUCAAUUAUGUCCACACCAGAGGGGAACACAGCUGAACCUAAUUAGACACGACGAGACACAGACCUUCAAAGUAAAACAGGAAACUCACAAACUGUUUCACAAACACAAACUCAGAGGCAUGAACAGAGCACAGAAGGGAGAACACUAAAACAUUAAGAACUAAUACAAAAUAAGAAUCAACACAAAACUCAAGAUGAUAUCAAAAUGAAACACAGAACUCUGGGUCACCGAUCCAGGACCAUGACACUUUCUCUCUUUCUUGCACGGAUAAACUGUCUCUCACACGCCUACUUAUUUUUUCAUCCAUGGUCUUAGGGGGAGUAUUUCUUGCUCAUUGACAGUCGAAAGGUCGCUGCAUGCAUUCAUUGUUCCAUGAUGUGGGCGCUGAGGAACCCUUUGACAAUGAAACUUUGAUAAGAAAGGUUGAACAAAUAAAGUUAACUUGAAAAAUGUGUAUGUCAUGCUUCUGGUAAAAUAAGAACGGAGGUGCACAGCGUGGAUGUGGUAGAGGUGUUUGGAUGGAGGUGAGGAUUGGGACUCAGCAUACAGCAGAUGGAGCAUCUGUCAUGUAUGUCGCUUCUAGCUCUGUGGCAUUAAAGAAAUCUCAGCAGACGCUUAUUACAGUUUUGGGGAAGGAAGAGAAGAAGAAGAAAGCUUGAUGGUUUAAGUCUGUCAUGAUGGUAGCUCAGGUAGGCCCCAAAGUCAGGCUUCAGAGACAUCAGCUGCCCUCACUGCCUUUCAACAUCUACUAAUGCUUGGCACUACUGUUUAAGCUGAUUUAUCCUGCACACAGUUCUGUGCAUCUGCAAGUUACUUUGCAACCCACUCUAACCUCACCUCUUUUUUCACAACCCUAAUCAAGGUCAUUUCUGUUUUCAUUCAUUCUUUCUGUUUUCUGGGUCUUCUCUCGGUCUCAUGCCCUGCAGCAUUCGGUGUAUGUGGAUGGGUAUGGAGCUGUGUUAUCUCUGCCUUAUGGAUUUUAUACGUGGAUGUGAAUUGAAGAUCCCCAAAACAGUCACACCACCAAAUACAUAUAAGUCCCUGCAGAUGGAAGCAGUCCCAAUACAAAGUAGGAUAUUCUCCCUGGUGGUUAAUACACGUGAAGUUACAUUUACCAAUAUGGUAAAUCAUCCACCCUGGCAGAAACUUUUAAAGAGCAGCUCAGCAGAUUAUCUGUGUGGUAUGUGUUGUUUUUUUUAAAAAAGGUUAAUAUUUGGUGUCACCAUUUUUCCAUUAACUUUUUUAAAGAUGAUAAAUAAACAUACCAUGCUUGAAAAAUUUAUGAGACCACCACUCAUUGUGAGGUUUAUGCCACAGAUGCCCUAAAUUAAUGCUACUUAUCAUUACCAAAAUCAUUUUUAUGUUUUUUUAUGGUUCACAUCGUACAAACUCUAUAAUCAAAUUGUAUCCAACAACUUUCAAAUGUACUGUUUUAAAAGAUAAGCUGAAAAAAUAGCAAAGCAAAUGAUUCAUUUUAUACCAAAUUACGCUUAUUUAACUGCAGAAGAAUUGGGGUUGGUGGUUGAUUUUAAUUGGUGAUUAAUUUCUGACUGAUCAGAGAAGUCUUUCCUGGCUUUGGGUUUAAGAACAUGAAUUCUGUAAUUUGCUUAAAAAAUAAUGAUGUAAUUUUCUCAAAUGUACUUAAAUUACUGAUGUUGUCUUGUUUUAUGACAUAUAGUCAAGCACUGUAUAUGGCAUAUGCUACAAUAUUCCUUAUAAAUUACAUAUACAUAUGCAUGUAUCAUAGCACUUUACCUCAGUUAAUGAACUGAGUGAUCAUGUUGAGACUUAUCAGAUUUUUGUCUGGUGUCAUGCUGGGGGGAGACCCACCAGUCUUCAACAACCCAAACCCCCAAAGACCCAAGAGCCACGUAAGGAGGAGAAGUAGCUGUUUAAUAUUCAAAGCCAGCUUUGCUUUCAUCCUACAUUUGUACUGAUGACAGCUAAGGCUACAGUUUACUGGUGUUAGCUUGUCGGAGGUGCUGUAAUUUUCAUAGUGAAGCUAACACUUGAAUUUCAGUUGUUCCACAGCCAUGAAUUAUUACAGGUUCAAGACAGCAGUGAGAAAAGGGUAUCGUAUGUGCUUGUAGGGACACGUGAAGUGAGCUGCUUGUUUUAAUCCUUGGAGCAGUCCUUGUGAGUAGAUGUGCAGAUUUUGAUUUUAGAAGUGUGAUUAUUUUUAACAUUUUUUGUUCUGGAAUAAAUAAAGUUGAGAAAUAUUUCAUACUACAGGUAUUACUGGUUGUAAUAAGGUCAAAUUGCAAAAUUGUAGGGUUUUCACCUUUCCUUUUCCUUUUUUGUAGCAGUUUUACUUCAGGGAGGCUGCUGCUAAUGUGGCGAGAGGGUGAUUCUUGUACUGCAGAGAUGUUCAGGCAGGUGGUGCAACUGAAGUUGCUUUGCAGCGUCAUCUGUAUGACAUCUUUUUUUCAACACAACCAAUUUGUAAAUGUCAAACAUUUUCCUAUAUAGCAAAUUUUACCUUGAUGUGAGAUUAUGCACUGAUUCUGUGAUGCUGGGAAAUCCCCCCACUGAGCAUUUCUCUUCUUUGUUACAAGAAAGAAUUUUCUUAAUUCCCUCCAUGUCAUGAGAUAGGAUAAGCUGGUGUUUGAUUUUCCACCAUAGGCAUCACAGUUGAUGCACACCAUAAGAUAUACAGUAAGAUAUGGAUCCAAUUAAACUGCACAGGCACAGACUAUCAGCACAGAAAUCCCUACAGAGGACAUAUCCCACCAUCUAGAUAGAGAGCACUUGGCUCAGACCGCAAAUGUAGAUUUUAAUCAGCCGAAUGUCCCAGUGUCCCAGUGUGUUUUCUCACUCUAAUUUAAAGGAAUAAAAUGGAAAAGGGAAGAAAAUGCAUUCUGCCAUUAAUGUUCGACUGUAGGGACACUGAACCAGUUUGUUCGAAACAAAACCAAAAAAACAUGAAUCUCAAGAAAAAGACAAACACAAGCUGUUGUUGAUGGGUUUCUAUGUGAUUUAAUAUUUGAAUAUUUGUUAGUGGGAAAUCAGAGGAUUUGUGUAGAUUUGAUAAAAAUAUAAAAGACAGAAAAAGGAGAGACAGAGGAAGAUCCGAGAGAGGGAGUGGACAGAGAAAACAAGAGUCUCUGUAAGUGUCUUCUUAUCUAAAGCCAAGCACAUUUUUCUGCUCCAUAGUGAAAUGAAUUAUGUGCCCUUUAUUACAUGGCAGCUUGACUUGAUGGUCCACUGCCCUUUAAUACCUUAUAAUAACAGAGGACUCACACAAACACGCUCACAUAAAGACAGUGAACUUGGUAAAAGAUUAACACAAACAUGCUAAAAAAUGUCCUGGAAAGCUCAGGAGGGAAGCUCAAGUAGUUACAGUGAGGCUCGUAAUAAAAAAAAGUCCUUCAGAGCUUCACAGUCUUCGCAAGAUUUGCAGCAGAUUUUAUUCACUGAAGUAUUUUACCAUCCUCUGCAAAGACGACGUUUAGUGUCUGUAAACAUUCAUGCUCUAACAAUAACCCUGAUUAACUCUGCUUACCCAGGACCUGCAAGCCAGCACAGAGGGACAGAAAGGGGAAAUCAGCAGGCCAGACCAGCAUCAAACUGAAUAUAAUACAGUCUUUAAACAUUCCUUUUCAGCUGUGUUGAACUCAAAGAUUACCUGAGGCUAACCAGAUAACUGUUUACAAAAACCAAACCUCCUGUUACCUGUGGAUACAAAUUAAAAGGGAAGAGGAGAAACAACAAUGCAAGUACAUGCAUACAAACAAAGGCUUCUGUACAAUGAGGCCACCAACACAUAAUCCACAUCUUUGAUGUAUAAACCCGGUUCAUUUAGGAUGCUGUGUAAAAAUUGAAUUCAGUGAUUUGCAAAUCUCAUGAAAUUAUAUUUUAUUCAUAACAGAAAACAUCUCAAAUGUUUAAACAGAGAAAAUUCACCAUUUGAAGUUAUCUUUAAUAUUAUGGCAGUAACUCAUAUCAAAAACAUUAGAACUAGGGCUGCCACAAACGAUUAUUUUGAUAGUCGACUAGUCACCGAUUAUUUUU